AUGUUCACUCUCCCGUCGUUCAAGCUACCGGCUUUCAUAACCGCAGAUAGAAACGAAUAUCCGUCCAUUGACAUAGCUCCCGUGGAGACGCACAAUGUCGAGACGGCUGCGGAGAAGCGGCCGCGAACGUUGAAGCACCUGCUCAAGGCGAACCACGCGAACUAUUCGAUUAUAUAUCACAAUCUGCAGUACCACAACCACGCACCACACAUUCUGGGCUCGGCAUACAUUCUGGGCGGAACGCAUGAGCACCUGAACGACAUCUACGAGAAGGAGUCGGAAGAACUGGAAUCAUGGCAUGAUGCGCCUGGAGAAAUAUCAAAGGAUGACUGGAGGGAGUUUCUGGGGAAGCGAGAGUACCAACGGGCGUUUGUGGACUUCUUUGAAGACCAACUGGUGGCGAAGCGGUAUGACUCGAAGGUGCUUUUGGAAGAGUAUAUGUUCGAGGGCAAAGAACCGUUGAUCAACGGCUUGGUCUCUGGACUUGCUCAUCCGCUCAUUCACCUUGGCUACGCCUACGAGCUCAACUCAAGAACGGUCGCGAUCGAAGCCCUGGCCCUCGGGGCAUGCUUCUACGGCUCCCUCCACAAGUACAUCGACGACCCGAAGUAUACAAGACCGAGCCCCAUUCAGUCGACAUCCCUUGUCGACAUUCUGCACAAGGUCAGGAAGGAUAAGAGGUUCGAUGGACUCUACAAGAAGCGCAGUGGUGACAUAACGAAGGUGCUAGGAGAGCAGGAGGACGCUUUCCUGGAAUACUUCAAUGCAUGGGACCUCUCAGAUCCAAGAAAGCAAUUCGAGGAAUCACAACAGGCAGCGGUCGCAAUACUUGUUGGUACCGACCCAGCAGAGGAUUCCCGGUUCGACUUCUUCUUCGUCCACCUGCUGACGUCUUCUCACGCCGUGCGACUACUCCUUCCACUCAUCCCAACCAAGUUCCACAUCAGCCUGGUUCGGCAAUGGUGGCUAUUCACGCUGGCAGUGUACAUUGCGCAGACCCGGCCGGAGAUCCAGCUCGACAGGAUCAACGAAUACGACUUGCAAGGCAGGAACUGGAAGUUUGUGCUGGACAAGGCACUGAACUCAUCUCAUUCGCUGGACGCGCACUUUGUGAAAUCGCUACGAGCGAUGAAGGUUGCGUCAGAAACUUGGGGCGACGAGAACCAAUUCUACCUCAAAGCCGCAGUGCAGGUUGCAGACGAGUUUAAGCGAUGGGGAGGGUUCGAGACCGGCGAGGAUGACGUGUUGUAUGCGUAUCCCGAACUGCAGUAA